UUCGGCCGAGUUCUCUGAUUAGCCGUAAGCCAGCUGCCCCUGAACCAUUCCCCCGGUGUCCAUAGUAACAGGGCUCCCUUCUCCACCCUCUGCACUCGCCCCUGCUGGAUCCAACCCCUGCCUUCUGUCCGGGAUAGCCAGGACUUGAAAAAGACGUGGACGUGGGAGGAAGAGAUGAUGCAAAAGUUACCUAAAAAUUGGGGCGGAGAAAAGAGGCUACAGUUAAGAAGUCGAGCAAGCUGCAAAAGUAACAACGGAAAAAUUGGGAGGUCCAGUGAGUGCCCUGUUCCAGGGCGAAGAAGCAAGACUUUGCCCUUCUCUGAUUCAGGAAGGUGCUAGACAAAAACAUGGAAUUCAUUUCCCCAACAGUGAUUAUAAUCUUAGGUUGUGUUGCUGUUUUAUUAUUUCUUCAGUGGAAGAACUUGCGUAGACCCCCGUGCAUAUCGGGCUGGAUUCCUUGGAUUGGAGCUGGUUUUGAGUUUGGAAAAACCCCUCUAGAAUUUAUAGAGAAAGCAAGAAUCAAGUAUGGACCAGUAUUUACAGUCAUUGUUAUGGGCACCCGAAUGACCUUUGUUACUGAAGAAGAGGGAAUUAAUGUGUUUCUCAAAUCCAAAGAAGUAAAUUUUGAACUAGCAGUGCAAAAUCCCAUCUAUCGUACAGCAUCCAUCGCAAAGAAUAUCUUUUUAAAACUGCAUGAGAAACUUUAUAUCACGGUGAAAGGGAAAAUGGGGACUUUAAACCUAUACAAAUUCACUGGACAAUUGACUGAAGAAUUACAGGAACAGUUGCAGAAUUUAGGUACUCAUGGGACCACAGACCUGAACAAGUUUAUGAGGCACCUCCUUUACCCCGUCACAGUGAACAUACUCUUUAAAAAAGGUCUGUUUCCCUCAGAUGAGAGGAAAAUCAGGGAGUUUCAUCAGCACUUUCAAGCUUAUGACGAAGGUUUCGAAUAUGGGUCCCAGUUGCCAGAAUGCCUCUUCAGAAACUGGUCAAAAUCCAAAAAAUGGCUUCUAGAACUUUUUGAGAAAAACAUUCCAGAUAUAAAAACAUACAAAUCUGCAAAAGAUAAUUCCCUGACAGUCAUGCAGGCUGUACUGGAUCUCCUAGAGAUGGAAGCAAAUGAACAGAAGAGUCCCAAUUAUGGGCUCUUACUACUUUGGGCUUCUCUGUCCAAUACUGUCCCUGUUGCAUUUUGGACAUUUGCAUUUGUCCUGUCUCAUCCCAAUAUCCACAGGACCAUUAUGGAAGGCAUAUCAUCUGUAUUUGGCACAGCAGGAGCUUAUCUUGAGUCUCCUAAGAAUACUUCAGAAGGAAAAAAGAAAGCAAAACUUUUCUCCAAAAGAAAGUCAGAAACUUCACUAUUCCUGGAGUCCAAACUUUUUCAAGGCCAGAAUUAUGGCUGUCACAAAGUAGGUAAAGAUAAGAUUAAAGUGUCUGAGGAUGACUUGAAGAAACUCCCUUUAAUUAAAUGGUGUAUUUUGGAAACCAUUCGUUUACGAGCCCCUGGUGUCAUCACUCGAAAAGUCCUGAAGCCAGUUAAAAUUUUGAAUUACACUGUUCCUUCUGGUGACUUAUUGAUGCUGUCUCCAUUUUGGCUACAUCGAAAUCCAAAGUAUUUUCCUGAACCUGACCUGUUCAAGCCUGAACGUUGGAAAAAGGCAAAUUUAGAGAAGCAUGCUUUCUUGGACUGCUUCAUGGCAUUUGGGAGCGGGAAGUACCAGUGUCCUGGAAGGUGGCUGGCUCUGUUGGAGAUUCAAAUAUGUAUUAUUUUAAUAUUUUAUUAUUAUGACUGUAGUCUUCUGGACCCACUGCCAAAACAGAGUUCUCUCCACUUGGUGGGUGUCCAGCAGCCGGAAGGACGAUGCCGAAUUCAGUUUAAACAAAGAAAAUGAUGUCUGCCGGAGGGCCAGGGCUGUCUGGAGGAGUGACUGCCCCACAUCCAGUAGCCCGGCGGCACCUAGACCUGAGUUUGACAAGAACACGUCACUUGAUUUUGUUUUAGGAUUUAGUUCAAGACAAUGUCCAGAUGGCAUGUGUAUUUGGUAUCUUAAGUGUAGACCAAGAAUCUGACAUCACUCUCACUGAUACCGAGACCCCAAUACAGGGUAAAAUGUUUCAGUGAUCCAAAAAGAGGUAUUCUUCAGAAGUUGGCAUUGGUUUCAUACAUUACUGCAGCAGUCCCCAACCUCUUUGGCACCAGACACCAGUUUCAUGGAAGACAAUUUUUCCAUAGAUCAGUGGGGGAGGCGGAGUUUUUGGUUUCUCCCACCACUCACCUCCUGCUGUGUGGACUGGUUCCCAACAGGCCAGGGCCCAAUACUGAUUCGUGAUUGGGGAUCCCUGCAUUAUUAUAUCAAAACUUUAAAUAGAAAGUAUCUCAUCUGAAUGAAAUUUUUCAUACAUUAAAUUCACUGUAAAGACAACAUACUUUAACUUCAAUUUUGAAAAAAGGCUAAUAGUCUUAGACUUGAAAGAGUAUUAAAUAAUGAUUUCUGGAAAGUUGCUAUUUUUCUUAAUAUGAUUCUUAACUCACAAUUGGAAUUCUUAAACCACUAUUAAUUUAAUUAUUUAUGAAACAUGUCUAAUGCUAAAUAUAUGAACAAAGUGAUCACUGUCUAAGACCUGUGAAGUCAGGUGUCAUGUCUGACACUCAUUUAUAUCCUCCACUCUGCCUAGGACAGCACUUCUCUAUAGGGUAUAUUCAAUACAUGUAUGUUGACUGAUUUAUUCAUUUGUAUUUUAAUUAAGAGGAAAGCACCCUUUUGAUUCAAGGUGUUUAUAAUUGUAGUUGAAGAGAUAAUAUUUUUCCUAAUUUAUAGAAGCUCUAAGUGACGUGUCAAGUCAAAUAACAUUUCAAUCUACUACUUAAGACUUUUGCCUGAAGUAUUUACCAUGAAAUCCAGAAAAGAAAUCCUAUCAUGUUCAGGGGAAAUAUAUGACCCCAGUCACAGUGUGAUUUGUCCUCUACGAGUCAAUAAAAUGCCGUCUGCCUCCUUGGUUUCACAAUAAAUAAGCUUUGCAGUGCA